AUGCCUCACAACACGAACGAUGUAUCCAGCACUCAUGCUAGUCCAAAGACCGAGCCAUUGGCCAUUGUCGGCAUGGCCUGCCGGUUUUCUGGUGGGGUUACAAGCCCAGAAAAACUCUGGGAUUUUGUCUCUAAGGGAAGGAGUGGUUGGUCUAAGAUUCCCGAGGAGAGGUUUAAUCAGCAGAGCUUCUAUCACCCCAAAAGCGACAUGGCUGCUGCCUCCAAUAUUGGUGGCGGGUAUUUUCUAGAGGAGGAUGUUGGUCGCUUCGACCCUUCUUUCUUCAACUUCACGUCAGAGGUGGCUGCAGCUAUGGAUCCCCAAAUAAGGAUGCUUCUAGAGCUCACUUUUGAAUCUCUGGAAAGCGCUGGUUUGCCUCUGCAUGAGGUGGCGGGAUCGAACACAUCCGUCUACGCAGGAUCCUUUACGAAGGAUUACCAUGACCGAAUGAUUACCGACCCCCAGAGGGUGCCUCCGGCAUUCAUUGCCGCGAACUACACAGCAAUGAUAGCGAAUCGAAUCUCACAUUUCUUUGAUUUCAAAGGGCCGAGUACUGCUGUCGAUACUGGAUGCUCAUCGUCUCUAAUGGGACUCCAUCUUGCCUGCCAAAGUCUAAGAUCGCGCGAAUCAGACUGCGCCAUUGUUGGAGGCAGCUGUAUCAACCUCAACCCUGAUAUUUUUGUCGCCUUGUCAACUCUCGGCUCAUGUGGUCCGGAUGGAAUAUCCUAUGCUUUCGACCACCGAGUUCAGGGAUAUGGACGUGGUGAAGGCGUUGCGAUUCUAGUCGUUAAGAGACUAGAAGAUGCCAUAAAGAACCGAGACCCAAUUCGAGCGGUGAUCAGAGAGACGGCUGCCAAUCAGGACGGAAAGACACCUACAAUUACGUCUCCCGAUCUAGACGCCCAACGGAACUUGAUCCGCGCCUGCUAUGAAAGGGCUGGCAUACCCUUUCACGAGACAGCCCUUGUCGAAGCGCAUGGAACUGGCACAAAAGCAGGAGACCCGAUUGAGGCGACAGCGAUCGGUGCUGCUAUAAGCAAGGGCCGGCCAGAAAAUCAGCCUGUUUACUUGGGAUCAGUCAAAACGAACCUAGGACAUACAGAGGCAGCCUCGGGACUAGCGGCGAUCAUCAAAACAGCCAAGUCCCUUGAAGUUGGUCAAAUUCCGCCUAGCAUCAAUUUCGAGAAGCCCAAUCCAGAUAUUGAUUUUGAAGGGUUGAGAUUGAAGGUACCGCAAAAGCUUAUUAGCUGGCCGACCACCGGCAUUCGGCGAGCAUCCGUCAAUAAUUUCGGCUAUGGUGGUACAAACACGCACGUGAUCUUAGAAGAAGGUGGCCAGUAUUCUCGGAAGACUAAUGGAGUGAACGGUAUACACGGCGCCCUUGCUCGGAAGCUCUUCGUAUUGAGUGGACGCGAUGAAGCGGCCACUUCCAGGUUGGCCGCCAAUAUGAAUGAGUACCUUCAGAGAACUACUGAUCUCCACUGGAAUGAUUUGGCGUUUACCCUUGGCCAACGACGGUCAAAGUUCAAUUGGAGUGUAGCUGUUUCGGCCGAGUCGGUGGGAGAAUUAAUGAACACUCUCUCUGACAAGAGCUUAAAGCCGGUUCAAAUACAGGGCCGUGUGCCUCGCCUCGGUUUCGUUUUCAAUGGACAAGGUGCUCAAUGGUAUGCCAUGGGAAGGGAGCUCAUGGCCGCAUAUCCGGUGUUCCUCAGCACACUUGAGACGUGUGAUGCUACUAUCAAACAGCUUGGAGCAGCAUGGUCCAUAAUUGAGGAAUUGAAACGGGAUCAGGAGAACUCAAGAGUCAACGAGGUGAGGUAUAGCAUGCCACUUACAUGCUCGAUUCAGCUAGCCUUAGUCCAACUUCUUAGCCACUGGGGUGUCAAACCAGCAGCAGUGACAGGACACUCGACCGGAGAAGUUGCGGCAGCUUUCGCAGCCGGAGCUAUUAGCCUAGAGGAGGCUAUUGUCGUUACCUAUUUCCGCGGUAAAAUCAACGCUGAAGCAGUUGAACGCAAGACCUCAGGUGGUGCCAUGAUGGCUGUCGGGUUAGGCCCCGACGAAGUCAAACCAUAUCUUCAAGACUUGAAGCGUGGUCAAGUUCACAUCGCAUGUUUCAACAGCCCUAGUAGCGUGACGCUAUCAGGAGACGUUGAACCAAUCAAUGAACUAGAAAGGCGGUUUGGGUCCGAAGGAAUCUUUGCUAGAAAACUCAAAGUCCAAGCAGCAUUCCAUUCUCACCACAUGCUUCCCCUGCAGAAGGAAUACCGCGCAGCAUUGACCAAGUACAUGAGGAAAGAAGAGAGGACAUUUACACAAGGCGUUAAGUUUUCAUCCCCCGUUAGUGGAGAUGUACUCUAUGACGCGAAUGUGUUGGGACCAGAGCAUUGGAUCACCAACAUGAUACAACCCGUGCAAUUCACAAGUUCGUUCCGAAACAUGGUCAUUACGGAAAUGGAUGAGGCACCACGUCAGGAUGUUGAUAUUGUUGUCGAAAUUGGGCCACACUCAGCUUUAGCCGGCCCUGUCAGGCAGUGUCUCAGUGAGCCAAGCCUUAAAAGCCUCGGCAUCAUGUAUGCGUCUUGUCUUGAGAGAGAAAAGGAUGCCGUUCAAACAGCACAGUCCCUCGGCGUAGUACUUCUUCAGAAGGGAUAUGCACUCAACAUGACUCAUGUUAACUUUCCCACAGGCGACUCAAGCUGUCAACCCAUCUUCGACCUUCCCUCGUAUCCUUGGAACCAUUCUACUAGUUAUUGGAAUGAGCCAAGGACAAGUAGGGAUCAUAGAUUCCGCAAACAUCCAACUCAUGAUCUUCUUGGAAUACGGCUACCAGGAACUAGCGAUUUAUCCCCUGUUUGGAAACUAAAUCUAAAGGCUGAGAACGUGCCCUGGGUCCGUGACCAUAUAGUCCAGUCUGAUAUUGUCUACCCUGCGGCAGGCUAUAUCUGUAUGGCUAUUGAAGCGAUACGCCAGCUUAAUGAACAAGACAACAAAGUCAUAAGCGGAUAUAAGCUUCGGGACAUCGAUAUCUUGAAGGCAUUAGUUAUCCCGGAAAGUGGCCAUGGUGUUGACGUCCAGUUAUUCCUCGAGCCUGUAAGGGAAAACUCACUCGUACAGGAAUGGCGGCAGUUUCACAUCUACUCUGCCGCAUCAGCCGAGGAACCCUGGGUCGAGAAUGCACGAGGCUUGAUUGCCGUCGAGAGUUCCGAGCUAAAAGGCCUCGCUCUAAAUUCCUCUCUCGCCUUAGAUGUUUCAACCAGCAAUUACACCCGGACGAUGAAUCCUAAGACACUCUUUGAGUCACUUCACAAGGUUGGCGUCGCUCAUGGACCCCUAUUCCAGAACCUAGACAGUAUUCGUAUAGCCAGCGGCACGUCUGCGACCAAAAUGACAGUAUCUGAUAUGGCACCAACGAUGCCGUAUGGGUACCAGCAACCCCAUGUUAUUCAUCCGAUCACGCUGGACUCGAUUUUCCAAGCAUUCUACCCAGUACUGUCACCAGAGUCUCGCAAAGCGGUGGGGGCUUCAGUUCCACGCUCCAUCAAAACCCUAUACAUAUCCUCACGAAUCAAGUGUGAACCAGGAAGCACCUUAGAAGCACACAGCCAUCUUAUUAGACACGACCUUCAGGGAUUCAAUGCAGCUGCCGUAAUCUUGCAACUUGGUAACCGCGCAGAGACACCCGUGGUCGAAAUUGAAGACAUGCACUUUCAAAGCUUGGGCCGAACAACGGAUGAAGCAACACCACGCCGCCAGGAUCUCUGCGUUGUUAACGAGUGGACGAGGAACUUCUCCUUGAACGACUUAACUCCAUUCGAAGAAUCUUUAAAAAUGGAUGCUGGUGAUGACGAGGCAGAAAUAGGCAGAGACCUCGUCCGUGUAACAUACAACUUGGUGCACGAGGCACUUUCCCAGCUUACUGCCACCGACAUUGAGAACCUUGACUGGCACCACAAGCGCUUCUACGACUGGAUGCUUGUACUUGAUGAACAAGGUGCGACUAAUCAGCUAGCCCCUAAGAGCGAGCGCUGGUCCAAGACAUCCGAAGGCGUCAAACAUAUGCUCAUGGAUAAGGCUGAAAAGGCUAGCGUUAACGGAGAAUUGGCUAUUCGAAUCGGAAAGAAUCUGCUACCCAUUCUGCGCAAAGAAGUUGCUCCGCUCGAACUGAUGCUCGAAGGCCAGCUCCUGUAUAAAUAUUACCAACAACUUUUGCAUUUCACCAGAUGUGCCACGCAGGCCGCGAAAGUGGUACGCGCUAUCGCAGAGGAGAACCCAGAAAUCAGAAUUCUUGAGAUCGGCGCAGGGACAGGAGGUGCUACGCUCCCCGUAUUGGAUGCCUUAUCUGCCGAUGGGUGCCAUCGCUUCAAACAUUAUGACUUCACUGAUAUCUCGGCAGGGUUCUUCCAAUCUGCGCGAGAGCUUCUGGAGCCUUGGGGCGACAAGAUCACGUUCUCUGCGUUAGAUAUCGAGAAAGAUCUUGAACAGCAGGGUUUCGAGCUAGGAUCAUACGAUGUGAUUGUUGCUGCCCAAGUAUUACAUGCGACUAAGAACAUGACGAACACGAUGAGCAACGUUAGGAAGCUGCUCAAAGAUGGUGGAAAGCUGGUACUAGUUGAGACGACGCGAGACAGUCCAGAUGUUCAGCUUGUCUUCGGAUCAGUGCCCGGAUGGUGGCUUAGCGAGGAGCCUGAUCGGAAGCUAAGUCCCAACAUGUCCCUGGACACUUGGGAUAAGCAUUUGCGCGAAACUGGAUUCACUGGUAACGAACUCAGUGUCUGGGACUGCGAGGACCAGGAGCAUCAAGCUAUGAGCUGUAUCAUGUCCACCGCCAAGUCGGAUCAAAAGCCUGAGUUCGAAAGGAUUGUUGCGAUCGUCUACGCCGAUGAACCGCCUCCGAGCGAUUGGACCUUGUCACUUAUGGAGAAUAUCGUGCGCGAGACAGGUACAACACCUGUUCUCGCCGAUCUGGCAACCUACGACGCUACAGGGAAGAUUUGCAUCUUCCUAUCUGGACUGCAAGGCACCAUUCAGCGUUAUAGUGAGGAGAGCUUCUCUUCGAUAAAGCGCCUCGUCACUGGUUCUAAGGGGAUCCUAUGGGUCUCGAGCGGGUCGGCCGUAGACUGCGAAAUCCCUGAGAACGCAAUGCAUCUUGGUUUACUACGGACUGCCCGGCUGGAAGAUCAAAGUAAAAGAUACGUCUCGCUCGACCUUGACCCGAGCCGUAAUUCAUGGAGCCUUGAAAGUACCGAUGCCAUCAUACGUGUUUUCCAUGCUACAAUGCACAAUAACGUUGGUGUAGUUGACAUGGAAUAUGCUGAGCGAGGAACUGUACUUCUAAAUCCGAGGCUGCGUCCAGACUCUGUUGAACUUGAAGACUUGUAUGAAGGUUUGGAGGAGAAGAAGCCAGAGAUGCAACCUUUCGUUCAACCAGGUCGCGAGCUGCGCAUGCAUGUCGACGUACCGGGAUUGCUUGACAGCAUAGUCUUCAAAGAUAAUGAAAACGCCCAGCUUCCUCUCGAGGAUGGGUGGGUUGAGAUUGAGCCAAUGGCAUUUGGUCUUAACUUCCGCGACGUUAUGACGGCUAUGGGUAUGCUGAAGGAGCUGAACCAGGAGAUGGGCGUCGAGUGUGCGGGUAUUGUAACGGGUGUCGGGAACGGCGUGUCCUCGGUAAAAGUUGGUGAGCGCGUUUGCGCCCUCACGGUCCAUGGCCACUUUGCCAACCGUGUCCGAGUGCCAUGGACGUCCGCGGUGCGUAUUCCCGAGUCAAUGUCUUUCGAAACAGCAGCUUCGAUGGUCAUUGUCUUCGUCACGGCUUAUUACUCGCUUUUCUGGGCUGGCCAUGGCGAGGAGGGUGACACGGUUUUGAUACACUCAGCUGCUGGUGGUGUUGGUCAGGCCUGCAUUAUUCUAGCGCAAUGGAGAGGUCUCGAGAUCUAUGCAACAGUUGGUUCUCAAGAAAAGCGCGACUUCCUUACCAACACCUACGGCAUCCCUCCUGAGCGCAUGUUCUCGAGUCGUGACCCCUCGUUUGCGAAGGAUGUAUUGAAGGCUACCAAGAACAGGGGUGUCGACAUCAUCGUCAAUUCUCUGGCUGGUAAACUACUGGACGCAAGCUGGAACUUGCUAGCGCCUCACGGCCGUUUUGUUGAGAUUGGCAAGAGAGAUCUUCACCACAACAAAUCUCUAGAGAUGGAACCCUUCCGAAAGGCUGUGUCGUUCAUGCAUGUCGACGUGGUGCAACUUACUGACAAUAGACCCGCUAUCGUUCAGAGAAUACUGCAACAAAUAGUGAGACUGCUUGAUCAGAACAUUAUUCGGAGCAUUGCGCCUGUCAAAGCUUUCUCGCUGGCAGAGGUCGGCCGUGCGUUUCGCACAAUGCAAGCCGGUGAGCAUAUCGGCAAACUAGUUUUGGUACCAAGCGCAAAUUGCAUGGUCAAGGCGAGUCGGCCACGUGGAAUGGCUAGGCUGCAUCCUGAUGCGACGUACAUGGUUGUUGGUGGUCUCACUGGUAUUGGGGCCUCGGUCGCGAAACUGUUGGUGGACCGGAACGCUAAACAUCUCGUUUUGGUUUCGAGAAACGCUACAUCGCGACCGGGGACCGCUGCCAUGACGACUGAGCUCUCCGCUACAGGCUGUAAUGUGGUGGCUAAGGACUGCGAUGUCGGCAAUAUGGACUCUCUGAAAUCCCUAGUUGAUGAUUGCCGCAAGGCAGGUAUGCCCGCUAUCAAGGGUAUUAUCCACGGUGGUAUGGUUCUUCAGGACUCAAUUUUGGAGAGGAUGACAUGGGCUCAGUGGCAGAGCGCGUUGAAUCCAAAACUUCUCGGAACCCGAAAUAUAGACGAGUUGUUUGGAGACCAGCUGGACUUCUACAUCAUGCUGUCGUCGGGCGUUGGUGUGAUGGGUAAUCCCUCACAAGCCAAUUACGGCGCCGGUGGCUCGUACCAGGAUGCCGUCGCUCGCCACCGUGCAAGCAAAGGUCAGGCAGCCGUUGCCAUUGAUCUGGGCGUUGUCCAGUCGGUUGGAUUUGUGGCGGAAACGGCCAGUGUGGAGGAGCGGCUAUCAAAAGCCGGUCACCGGCCCCUCAGCGAGGCCGAGGUGAUGGGCCUUGUUGAGUACGGGAUUAAGAAACCGUGUCGGUCGCCUCGUACCUCCCAUGUGGCUUCCGGUUUUGUUCAAGCUACGACAGCCGACCCUCGUUUUGCUCUUCUCAAGAACGCGGCAGAGCAGACGAGCGCGGGAGCGGCUGGUGGCCGUGCCGCGGGGUCAGGCAAGGAAAUCAGACUAAGCGAACAGAUCGCGCAGGCAAAGACUGCAGACGAAGCUACAGCAGCCGUUCAGCAAGCAGUCGUCACGAAGAUCUCCGACAUGUUCGUGAUUCAGGAGAGCGAGAUUAACCCUUGCCUUCCCUUGAGCGAGUACGGAGUAGACUCAUUGGUUGCUGUUGAGUUGCGCAAUUGGCUUGUGCCGAAUGCGCGCAUUGAGAUGAGCAUAUUCGACUUGCUAGGGAGCCCAUCGUUGGCAGAGUUGGCGAAGAGCGUCGUGAAACGAAGCAAAGUGCUGUUCACCACCAUUUAA